GAAUGCAAAGCUCAGAAGCAUUACAAAUGGUCGAAAGUGGAAGAAACAAAAGUGGGCGAACCGAUCACUAAUAUCGUUGAUAUCGGUUUAGCUGCACCAUCGUUGUCAUGUGAUUGUGUUGGAGGCCUGAUUCGAGAAUUAACUUAUCACUGUAGCGCUGGCAAAUUCCCACUGCUUGUUACAAUCGAUCAUGCAAAUUCAGGUGCGGCGCAACCGAUGCUGUUGCUGCAUACUAUGACGGCACUUUCUGAUGAGUCCCAAGGUUACUGUGGUGGAAUGACAAAUGGUGCCUGUUUAUUGGUUGCCGAUAAACGAGAAGUCAGCGAUGCACGUGACCAUCUUACUGUACCACUUGAAACGCCACUGGAACUGUUCGGAGAACACGUAGAGAACAUUGAGCCUUUCAUACCGAUUGAAACAUCACUGUACACAGCCGAUGAAAUGGAUACACUUUACGAAUAUUACUUGGAAAGAAACUGGAUUGCUUCUCAGACAGGCAAGUUCUUGCGGCGAACGGAGCGGGCAAAGAAGGAGCUGAGGUUUCUGAGCGCCGGAAGUCCUUACAAUUAUGAACGAUUAUGCGCUUUCAUCUGA